GCAAGAGCUACUGGAAACAAUCAAAAGCCUCCUUCGCCAUCACAAAUCACUUCCUUCUACUAUCCAUAUGUUACCAUUGUUCAUGGCCACCGUCACUCUACCUUGGUUUCCUAAACUUGUUUCAAAUCCUGAAUACGUCUCCAUGUUGGCGACUUCAGCAAAGAAUCAUCUGCCUUUAUUCAAAGACAUGGAAAUUCAUGUUGGAAAAUGCUUGGACACUGGCACUUGUCUUGAAACGCUAACGUUGUUUCCAUCAAAUUUUUCACCGAGUUGUAAAUUUCUUGUUUUCAAUGAUGCAAUGGAAUGUGUGAAAAACGAAGACCUCCAAAGAAAGGCAUUCGAGCUGCUUCCCGCCUUGUGUACUAAUUUGGACGUCACUUACCAGUCGAGAAUGAUCGAUCCUUUGUUGCAACUCUCCUCAAAUUAUGAAACUUUUCAAAAUUUACUGCCCGCAGUCUUGGGAACAUUAGGAUGUGCUAUGUGCCAAUGUUCACGAAUUUUUUUCGAAGUUAAGAAGUAUCCUUACACAUCGCUCCUGGUGAAAUGUACGGUUUGUGAUCUGAAGACAGAAUCAAAGAAUGCAAAAGCUGCCUUCACCAGUUUUUAUGAUUUUCUCGAUCAUUUCGUGGAUUCUGUUCUACCAAAGCUUUUUUCCAAAACGCAGCUGUCAUUUCUUGGUAGUCUGGAGCGUCUCGACAAACAUAUCAUUUUAUCUUCCAAUUUUUUCUUUCGAGUCUUGAGUGUCGUUAUAGAUCUCAUUGAUCACUCCGACGUCAACAUACGAGUAAAAUUCAGUAAAUUGUUGCCAUGUUUGGUAACGGAAGACGACAGAACCACGAAAAUUAUUGCGACGAAGUUAAAUGAUGCUUGUACUAAAGCCUCCGUCUCCAAAAACAUAAAGCUUCAAGAUACCAUUGUUCGUACGAUUAGUGAACUCGGUAAGACAGCAGGAGAAGAUCUCUUGCUGGUGGUCGUCGUCAGUUUGCUUGAGAUGUUUCUCGAUCAUGAGAAAAUAAUUUCAUCUUUAGCAUUCACACAGAUACAUCGGGUUGCAAAAUGUCGGGGCAAAACUUCCCAAGAGUUCUUCGCAGAUUUAAAAUAUCAUUUGUGCACGUUUGUCGUCGAGACGGUUAUAAAAAGGAUGAAACAAAACGUCGAUCAUUCCGGUUCUGUUUCUUUGAAGAUAUUUCGUGCCAUCAGCGAUGUCUUCGAGUUCAGAAGUAUCAAGGCACUAAUGCAGUGUGCUCAAAGUAUGUUUAUUCCUCAACUGGUGCAGAAAGCUCUUCCUGAAUGCGCCGUCGUUUUGCGCUGUCUUGCCACGGAACUUAAAGUAAACUACAGAAAGGAUCUUCUCCUGUUGAAUUUUAACUUUAUAUUUUCUUUUCUUGUUCGUAACUGUUCUGGAGAAGAACUUAAAGAGGCUUUGGCAUUUGUUGAGCGUGAAACGAACGUGGAUUUAGGGAGUCUUUUGAAGUCGGACACACAAAGCGUUGUCAACCAACUUCUUUUGCACCUUCAUUCAUCAUAUAAUAAAGUCUUUACUGGUCUCUCUAUUUUGGCCAGCAAAGCUGAUGGUAGCGUCGUGACGGACACUUUUAACUCCGAGCAAAUGGCCGAAUUCUUACAACCUCGACUCUUGGGAAUUCUAGUCUUCUUUAACGCGGUCUUAUUGGAUGACAGAAACCACGAAAAUCAACGUCUGGCUCUCGCAUCUCUCAUUCAAUUGAUGAAAAUCAUGGGGGAGAAACACAUUAGCGUCGUUCGUGUGAAGGUCAUGGCUAUCUUAAAACUGGCUUUGCAAUUUGAUUUCAAAAGCUGGGGUAGCCUGUGUUGUGACGCCUGGCAGUGUUUCGUACAUUGUCUCGAUGUGACAUCCCUCAGACAGAUGCUCGGUCAGAUAUUGGUCGCUUUACAACCGCUGGUCCAGUAUUCAGUCGAAAAGGUAGCCAAUAUAUUUCAUUAUUUGAUCGUGAAGAGAAGGAAAGACUUGGCGGAGAGCUUUAAGGACUCAUGUUGCUCGAUUCCAGACCUUCCCGAGUUUGAUAGCGUCCGCCAUGUAUUCAAAAACAUUACAAAGAAAAGCAGUGAAUUGCGUGAUAAACUUCGCGUGCUUAUGAAAGGUGUCUCGCACGAGAGUAGCGAAGUGAGACUAAACGCGUUGCUAAAACUGAAGACAUUACUAAAAGAAAAUCAGAAAACACUUCACGAAUACGUCACGAACAAGGACGAAGUUGAUCCUGUGGUUUGUCACUUGAUUGAUACGUUGAUUGCAAGGUGUGAUGAGCCUAGUAGCCAAGCUAUUGUUGCUGAAUGUCUGGGAGAACUGGGUGCAAUUGAUCCUGGAUGGUUAGUGUCCCCAUGACACAAUAAACAGACAAAUACCAAUUAGAUUAAAAUAGCAUUGUACCAAGCUUCUUUAAA